ACAGACUCUUCGACUAGUUGGUUGUGGAAGACUGAGCAGCUUUUGUGUGGUAAUAGGAUUAACUUUCCUUGGUCUGCUCGGUUUCCUUGCCACAUUAAUUUUAGCAUAGGCUGAAAGCCUCACCAAAAUCCUAUUUCACUCAUUCCAAGGUUUUUAUUUUGAAAUUUAGAACAGUUAUUCUAGGGUUUUAGAAAAACAAAAAUCCAAGAGGUUCGAUGAACCCCCGCCCCAAAAUACAAGAUUACGAGAUCAGUCCGGAGAUUUUGAGGGUGGAAUCCCAUGGCCAAGUGUACAAAGCCACGCACAAAUUGACCGGUGAGUUAGUCACGAUUAAAAAGGUGACGGCGGACGACGGCGGCGUACCUCCCACUCUCGUCCGCGAGAUGUCUGUCUUGGGGAAGUUUACGAAAUCGGCUUACGUCGUCAACUGCCGCGAAGUCAUCCACGAGGUCGAGGACUACAAGCCCGUUUACUACGUUAUUUACGAGUACCUAGUAACCGAUCUCCACAGCUACAUCGCCGCCAAACCCUUACCGUCCGAUGUGGUCAAGAAUCUUCUCUUCAAGCUCCUCCAGGGGGUCGACGAGUGUCACUCUAAAGGCGUCCGCCACCGGAACCUAAACCCUAGUAAUCUGCUGGUGGUCGAGGAACGAGGGUGUCUUAAAAUUGGGGCCGGCAUUGGUCAGUCCUUCGCUUUUUUUGGCGAGGCUUCUUCCAUUCCCGGGGGGACGGUCAGUCUCUCUUACCAGGCUCCGGAGGCUUUGCUCCGAUCAACCAAGUGCUGGGCUGCUGUUGACAUGUGGGCUGUCGGCUGCAUAUUCGCUGAGAUGGUGACUGGGGAGGUUCUGUUUGUCGGAAUUGGUGAUGAUCCUAAACACGCUGAUAAGGAGCACUUGCGUGAGAUUUUCAGGCAGUUAGGAAAACCAACAGAGCAUGAGUGGCGAGGAGUCACUUCUUUGCCGGGUUGGGAACCCUACGAAGAAUGGGAAGGAGAAAAGAAGAAAGCUCGGUGUUAUUUGGCAGGAGAUUUGCCAAAAGAUCUGCUGGUAGCUGCAGUUUCUUUGGAACAAGAUGGAGCUGAUCUUCUUUCGAAAAUGCUUACAUAUGAUCCAGUUAAAAGAAUUACAGCUAAAGCAGCAAUGGAGCACCCCUACUUCAAGCCAACAGCAUGAGUCCUACAGUAUAUUUCUUUUGAAAACAGCUGAAAAUGCUUAUAUAUGAUCCAGUGAAAAGAAUCACAGCUAAAGCAGCAAUGGAGCACCCCUACUUCGAGCCAAUGGACGUCUAACAUUAGACGUUAGCUAAAGAAGUAUAUGGAAACAUUCACAACUGAAAACAGAGAACUUGACUGCUUGGAAAGCAGCUGUAUAUGUGCAACCUUAUUUAGAUUAUGCAUAGGUCUUCAAGCUCACCAUAAUCUUUUGCUACUUUUUCUCUGUUGGAAUUUGGCGAUGAACAAAAUUAAAUGACUCUGUUUGAUCCAAAGACUAAUUUCGUGGGUAUACUAUGCCUUGUACUACUGCUUGAUGCGUCUCAGAAGCCUAAGCAUGUCAUGAUUCUGUUUGAUCCAAAGAAUCAUUUCUUGGGUAUACUUUGCCUUGUACUGCUUGAUGCGUCUCAGAAGCCUACGCAUGUCGGCUCAUAUAGGACCACUGACUCUAAAUUAUUUUAGACACAUUCAGGUAGCUGGAAUUAGUAACUUUUAACUGUGGAUGAUGAUGCAAAACACAUCUGUGUUAUCUGAAAAGAUGGUUUUUUUGUGACUGAUAAGAUAAGAACUUAAUCGACAUAGCAAUAGAUUACGACAUAAGCACAAGGGUAACCGGUGUUAAAAUUUGGAGGAAGAAAAGGACCCAUAAGCUGGGAAGUUGAUCUGUGAUACUGCUUAAUUGGAUUAGCCAUUGUCAAUAAAUGGACUUCUUUAAAUGGACAAUCUGGACUUAAGAUUCAAUCAUAGACCAGUGUUUUCACACAUAAAACUUGUAUUCUCAGCAGAUUCAUUCUGUUACUGGCUUUUGAUCUUGGUUGAAACACAAAGAGUAGGAUCCAAGAAUCCGUUGACUACAAUACAAUGUAAACUCUAAAAGAUAAUGAAAACAAAAAAAACAAAAAAAAAAAACCUUUCAAGAAAAUGGGUUGCAACUUCCCCUGAUUUAAGAUACUUGCCUCAGAGUUACACUAAGCAGAAUUACAGUAAGCAUCUACAAAAGGAAUCGGUAUAAAAAUUCCAAAACGUAAAAGAACCGACAUGUACCAUUUGGAAAUCAACAAAGCCAACCUGACUAACAGUUCAAGAAUAUUACCUUUUCGAAUUCUGAAAACAAAGAUGUAACAAGAAUAUACAGCAUAAAAAACAAGGCAAAGCAAGAACGAAUUAUUAGGAUUUAGGGAAAGAGAUGAGAAGCAAGAAGGGAUGGAAUAGGAGGUGUGGGUAAGAACUGAUUUUUUUUUCCCAAUAUUUUUCAAAAUAUUGGAUCUGUCAUAUUUCUUUCCCACACCCCUAUUCCAUAACUUGCUGCCACUCUUCUCUCUCCCCUCAAUCCUUUUCUCCUUCUCCUUCACACCAACAGGUUCAGAUCUUAUUCCCCUCAAACAAUCUGUUUGAAUCUGUUUAUGAACAAAAGAAGGAAUUGGAAAGGGAGAAAAUUUGAGCAAAAAUAAUGGGAUGAGGAUGUUAACAAAGAAUUGUUGGGUUCUCUAUUUAGAAGUAGGAAGUCCAUUUCUUCAUUAACAUCACAGCCCUCUACCUGCUCAUAUCCCUUUCAUCCCUUCCAGUCUCCAUGGCGGCUUCAGACUCACCGUCACCCAUGGCUA